AUGAAGUCGGCAACCCUCACACUCGUCCAUGCCUCUCAAGCCGCGUUCGGCAUCUACAAUCUGUACCUUGCAGCGACCUCUAUCAGUAAUCUCCAAGGAUACGAGGACAUGAGCAAGAAAGCAGCAAAGUACUCCAAUACUGCUGAACAACAAUUACAUAAGACGAGAACAACUCAAGCAAGCGGUACAAUUGCUCUACUAGUCUCAGUCCUCAGCUCCGUCUAUCUGACCUUUGGAACUCCUGGGGCGGGUGCUCUCCAGGGUAUCGCGGGAGUUAAUUUGCUUGUUUUGGUGGCUGCCAGAAAACACGUGGGAGACUUUUGGAAACAGAAGGCUCGAGUGCCAUUACCUGGCGUUGGAGAUUAUAACGAAGCGACGAAAAAUACCCAGGAGGUGAGACUAAACAUGCAGUAUCUUAUGGUUAGUUGGUUUGUGGUUGGGGCGUUGGAUCUUUUGUUCUAG